AUGGCAGCUUCGCCUUGCGGCGAUCCGUGGAGUCUCCACUCCCUCUCCGUCCUCACCGAGUCCGUUCGCUGCCAGCUGCUCGCGCUCGAGGAGGCUGCCUUCCCGCCCUGCGAGCGACUCGGCACCGCCGGCCUCGCGGCGUUCGUGCUGCAGCGCACCAAUGGGAUGGUCGUCGCGGAGGCGCCGUCGCGCCGCGCCGUCCUAGGAUUUUGCCUCUACUCGCGCGCCGCCUCGAGCGCCCUCAUCACAAAGGUGGCGGUCGGCGCCGCUUCGCGGGGCAGAGGCGUCGGCUCGGCGCUGGUGGCUCGCGCGCUGCAGGAGAUCGUGACGUCGAGCCGGCGGCCGCCGGGCGAGGUGCUCCUACACGUGGACCCUGAGCGCAAGGGCGCGCUGCGUAUGUUCGGGUUCGAGGCGGCAGAGCGGCUGCCGGGGUACUACCCGGACGAGCACCCGCCCUACCGCGGCCGCGACGCCCUGCUGAUGCGUCUCGACACCGCGACGCUGUCGCGCGCCUCACCACCCCGCGGCCGCAGCGCGAGUGGCUCUGCUGCUGGGGGCGGAUGA